AUGGUUGUGUUUUUCCUCUUUACAGACAAUUAUACUCUACAUCAUGUCUGCAAUGCAGUUACUCCCAGAACAGAUUUCUCAGAGUGCACUGCUGCUGUUCUGGUGGAUGGUAAGUGGAUAAAGAACAUUACAGCUAAUGAUCCACUACUGGACUACAAAAAAACUACACAGAUUCACCAGAGAAUUCAGGAGAUCUUCAAAGACAAUGAGGCUACUGGAAUGGGACCCUUUAUUCAGACUCAAGGGGUUCACACAGUGCAGGUGAUGUACGGCUGUGAGCUGCAAGAUAAUGGAACCAAGAGAGGAUACAUGCAGUACAGCUAUGAUGGAGAAGACUACAUCAGUCUGAAUCUGAACACACACACCUGGACUGCAGCUAAUGAUAAAGCUGAAAAUACCAAACAAAAGUGGGAUUCUGAUGUUGUUUAUAGUGUGGGCCAAACGAACUACCUGGAGAACACCUGUAUUGAGUGGUUACAGAAGUAUGCUGAGAGGAAAGUUUCUCCUGAGGUGACUCUGUUGCAGAAGGACUCCUCUUCUCCAGUGGUGUGUCAUGCUAAAGGUUUCUUCCCCAGAGAAGUGAAGAUCUCCUGGAAGAAGAACGGAAAGGACCUGAAUGAGAACAUGGAGCUCACAGAGACAUUACCUAACCACGAUGGAACCUUCCAGAAGAGAAGCAUUCUGACAGUCUCACCUGAGGAGCUGGACAAGAAUGAGUACACCUGUGUAGUUCAUCACAGUGGACUGGAGAAGGACUUAGUGUUAAGAAUGGCUGAUCGCAGGGUCCUGAACACAGGUGGAGGGUCGGUUGGUGUUGGUGCAGUUGUUGUAGUGGCUGUUCUCCUUCUGGUUCUCAUUGGUGUUGUAUUCAUCUGGUGGAAGAAAAAGACUGAGAAGAAAUCUGUUCUGAGGAGUCUGACAGUGAGUCUGAAGAGGAUGAAACUGAACAUGAACAACCAUCAAAACGAAGAAGUCAACAACCAGCCUCAGGAACCCCUCACCAGCCAGCUACAGGACCAGCCCAUCAGGCAGGACCAGCCACAGGACCAGCCCAUCAGCAGCCCCCUGCAGGACCAGCCCAACAGCAGUCAGGACAUCAGCAGAUAG